AUGUUAUUUCGAUCUUUAUACCUCCUCGCCAUAGGGCUGAGCGGGACGCUUGCUCUACCGAAUCCCCCUGUUUACCCCACAUUAGCAAUUCCCAGUACUGUUCCGAAACCCACCCCAUCCAAACCAUGUCUGAAAAUGUUUUGCCCAUUGAACGGUUUAGCCGUUUGGGACAAGGAGUUCAAGAAGUGCACCUGUCGACCACUACCAAACCCUGUUGAAAGGUUGAGAAGUGAGCUCGAACAACGGCAAUUUGAUGCACAGAGUUGUUUCAAACUUAUCAAGUGUGCAAAUGGAUAUGUUGCGAAUUGGGAUGAAAAGACGAAGAAUUGUGGAUGUAUCCCAGAUCCUUCAGUCAUAUGUCUUACGGCCACGGAGUGCGUUUCUGGGUCUCAUCCGGUAUGGAAUAGCAAGAAGAAGACUUGCAGUUGUGUACCAAAUUACGAGGAACCGGUAGAACCAGUAGAUCCAGUUACUAUCUGCCUGGCAGCAACAACAUGCAGUUUCGGAUCAAAUCCAGUCUGGAAUAGCGAAAAGAAGACUUGCACAUGCGAAGCCAAUACGAUUGAUCCAGCAACAUGUCCGACAAUCAAAUGUUCAUCCGGAUUCCACCCUCUCUACCAUCCAGAAACCAAGCAAUGUUCCUGCGAACCAAACGUUCCGGAUCCAUCAACCUGUUCAAACAUCCGCUGCGCAUCCGGCACCACCCCUUUCUGGGUCGCAGAAACCAAUACCUGUAUCUGCAAAAUCACAAACCCGAUCCCCCCAGCCUGUCCAAAAAUCAAAUGUCAAGAAGGAAACCACGUCGUCUACCACCCCGAAGCCAAGACCUGCACCUGCGACAUCGACUGUCCCGACCUCAUGUGUCUCGUCACCACAACCCCAUCCUACAACUACACAACCAACAUCUGCUCCUGCGUCAAAAUUCCCGGCAUGGAAGGAACCCCCACCAUCCCUCCCACCAUCAAACAGCGCGACAUCCUCCCCCCAGCAACCCCCUGCACAGACAUGAUGUGCGUCGACGAAAAAUUCCCCAAAUUCAACACCACGACGCAAACAUGCGAAUGUGUCUGGCAAGCGGGUCUAGAACCGAAUCCCGAUGGCGCACUUUGUCCGGAUACGAUGUGUGUCGCGGAAAAGGAACCGAUUUAUAAUACCACGAAUGGACUGUGUUAUUGUGACUGGCUGCCGGAUUUCUGGUAUAAGAGAACUCCGAGACCUGUUACGUUGCCGGUUGAGAGUGUGGAAUCGAAUGAGAAUCCGCCGAAACCGACUUUAAGCCCGCCAAAACCUACAUGUCCCCUCAUGAUCUGCAUCUCUGAAAUGCGACCUGUGUACUCUCCUGCGGAGGGGAAAUGUAAAUGUGAAUGGAUCCCAGGAUUACAGCCUUCCCCCAUCUCGACGAAGACGAGGUAUCCGUUGCCGUCGCCGAGUAAGACGAAAUAUCCGUUACCGCACCCGACGGUGGGGUGUCCGGAUCUGCUUUGUAUUGCGGAGAAAACUGCUGUGAGGGAUCCGAGUACGGGGGCGUGUGGGUGUGUGUGGAUUGAGGGGUUUGAACCGGUGAAAGAACGUGGUUUGGAUGAAAGGAAGGCACCGAAAGAUUUAUGUGCUGGAUGGGCUUGUAUUGCGGAAAUGAUACCGACGCCUAACUUCAAAACUCAAAGCUGCAACUGCGUCUGGAUCCCCGGCUUCGGCCCUACCUCAAACGAAGAGAGGACUGUGGAUGAAAGAGUCGCGCCGAAAGAUCUCUGCGCAAAUCUCUCUUGUAUCGCGGAAAUGAUACCUACACCGGAUUAUGAGAGAAGGAGUUGUGGGUGUCAGUGGCUGCCGGGAUUUGGUCCGACUAGAAGGGAGAAGAGGAAUGUGGAAAGGAGGGAGGCAGAGAGUGUACCAGCGUGUUUCAACGUCACCUCGAAUUCCUGGCUCACAUGUCCGGAUCCGAUGGAAAGGCCUAGGUGGGAGGGGGGACGGUGUGUUUGUGAUUCUACGAGCAGUUCUACCUUACUCACAGCAUCUCCACCAACUCCUACACCGCCUAACCCGACGGCGCCGGCUACAUAUACGAUUCCGACGACGAGUAAAGUGGUAGCAACGACGAAAUUACCGGGCGGAGGAGGGACAGGGGGGAUGUGUAGAGGGGUUUAUUGUAUCAGUGAACAACAUCCCGUGUUUGAUCCGGAGAGGGGGAGGUGUGUUUGUGUGUGGAUUGAGGGGUUUGGACCUGUGGGUAGUUAA